UGAUCACACCCAGGGGGCGGGGCAUAGGCAGCAUUGUGCAUGUCCGGAGUACAACUCCAUCCGAGGCCUGAAAAUGAAUGACCAGGAAAAACUGCAGCUUCUGCGGGACGCCGUCAGGGCCUUCCCGGACUUCCCGUCCCCUGGGAUUGUCUUCAGGGACAUCAGCCCUGUCUGUAAAGACCCGGGAGCAUUUAGAGCAGCGAUUGACCUGUUUGAGAGUCACCUGAGGGCAAACUACCCAAAGAUCGAUGCCAUUGCUGGUCUGGAUUCUCGGGGGUUUCUCUUUGGCCCGUCCCUGGCGCAGAGAUUUGGUGUCGGCUUUGUGAUGAUCCGUAAGAAAGGGAAACUACCUGGUCCAACCGAGUCUGUGUCUUACUCUCUGGAGUACGGAAAGGCAGAGAUUGAAAUUCAAGUUGACGCAGUGAAUCCAGGGCAGAAAGUUGUGGUCAUUGAUGAUCUGCUUGCAACUGGAGGGACGAUGAGCGCCGCAUGUGAACUCCUGAAGGGCAGAAAAGCGGAAAUUCUUGAGUGCCUGGUCCUGAUAGAGUUAACAUCCCUGCGUGGCACAGAUAGGCUGACGCCAUACAAAGUCCAUUCGCUGCUGCAGUAUGAUUAGGCCGUUACAGCCACAGGGAGCUCGGCGAUUGCCGUCCCGCGCUGGUAUUGCUUACGAAGGUGCCUCUAUAUGUAAACGUACAUUAAAUAUAUGCAAGGGAUCACUCGUGGAGACAGCGUAUACUGAAUGCAGGUGGGAGAAGCCCACCUAUUGUUUAACUAUGCUUUCUCUUAUUUAAACACCUAUGUGUUAUUCAUGUAGGUUAAAGGUUUCUACCUCUAAGG